AGUUAUGUGUUUAAGGAAAAUGCAUUUUUUUUGUUGCCUAAGAGGAUUAACUUAACGUAAUCACUUGAUAAGUGGUGUGGUUACACCUUUCUUAUUACCCUUCGGGGCCAAAGGAAAUGUCAAAACGUUUUGAGGUUAUGUAAAGUCACAAAUUUAAUUUUUGAUUAAGCAUACAAAAAAUGUUUGAUAACACUGUCUAACGGCAAUUUUGGCAAUUUACGGUGUUGUGCAUGCACCGGAAGAACUCAUUAGUGAUUAGAUAAUUAUGAGUCAAGAUGCAAUUGACGGGAGUACUUGCACGAAUUUUAUUUAUCCAGUGUUUAAUAACAACGUGCCUCGGAUUCGGCUUUUUAGCCCCUGUAGGUGUAGCACUCGGUGGUAUAGCAGCUAGUGCAAUUUGUCGUUUUAAGGAGUGUUGUUCUGAACAUUCAAUACAUGCCGACUUCGACGGGCUCGAAGAUGCGCUCAAAAAGCACAUUUAUGGCCAACACUUGGUCCUAGAUAUCGUAACAAAUGCCUUACGGUCCCAUUGGGCUGACAACCACAAACCCCAGAAGGCUUUAACGUUGAGUUUUCAUGGGUGGCCAGGCAGUGGGAAGAAUUAUGUUACUAAGUUUAUUGUAGAAAAUAUGUACAAGUAUGGCAGCAAAAGUAAAUUUGUGCACCACUUUAUUGGUAGGAUGCACUUUUCGAGUGAAAAUAAAGUCAAAGAAUAUCAGGAAAAUCUGCAAGAGUGGAUCAAAGGCAACACGACCAACUGUGGCAAACAGCUGUUUAUUUUCGAUGAAGUUGAUAAAAUGCCUUCCAGAGUUCUGAAUAUCAUUAAACCAAUGAUCGAUUAUCGUGAUGAUGUAGAUGGGGUUGAUUAUAGGGACUGUGUUUUUAUUUUUUUGUCAAACACGGGUGCUGAUUUAAUAAAUGAACACGUUCUGGAAAUGUGGAAGGAAGACGGUGUCAAGCGUGAAGAUCUUAAACUGCAAGAUUUUGAGAUGUUAAUCACAAGAGGAGCAUUUAAUGAAGAAGGUGGUUUUCAUCAUUCUGACACCAUUAGGAGUAAUUUAAUAGACCAUUAUGUCCCAUUUCUACCAAUGGAAAGACGCCACGUCAAGCUCUGUAUUUUGGAUGAAUUUGCACAAAGAAAUGUUACAAACCCUAGUGAGGAGCACGUCAACGAAGCUAUGGCAUUCGUUGAAUGGGGUCCAUCAACCGAAAAACUUUUCUCCACUACAGGAUGUAAACGAAUAAGUUCAAAAGUGGGCAUGAUUGUCACUCAAUACAAACUAAAUAAACCAGGGGGGUAGUCAUAUUUUUCCAUUGUUAAGAGUGGGUGUUUAAUGUGAUAUUCUAGGGUUUAUUAAUUUUUUAAUGACGUAUUAUUUACAAUUUUCCUUGGCUUUAUAUUAAAAUCUCGGCAAUGAAUUUUAAAUUCAUUCAAUACAAUACGGAACUUUCAAAUAUGUAAUUUUUAUGUAACAAGAAUAAAAAAAUGUUAUAAUUAA